AUGUAUCUUCCGUCCCCUGGCUACAACGAUCAGAUAGAUCGAAAUGGAGCGCAAGUUCCCAACCACGGAGGGCAAGGUGAAACAUCUAAUACUACUAUCCCGACUGCAAACAUCCUACAUUCAAGAGUUGGUUAUGCUGGUAACGGUAUGAACCCACUUGGUAUCCCUCCGUCAAUGUCGAUGCAACAGUAUCAACAACUUCAACAAAUGCAACAAGCACAACAAAUGCAACAGAUGCAGCAGCUUCAGCAGAUGCAACAGAUUCAGCAUAUGCAGCAACUCUCAGGUCUGAGCACUCAAAUGCUGUCCCAAAUUCAACCCCCUAUGCAACAAAUCCCUCCUCAAUAUCAGCCACAAAUGCAAGCUGCACAAUCCCAAAUUCACAAUCCUGCUCCUCCUCGGUUACAACAGCCAGCUCAACCUCAGAUAUCGCAGUAUCAACAACAACUUCAGUACCCUCAGCAUUUCCAGCAGCAAAUGCAAAUACCCUAUCAUCAUACCCCAGCUCAACGCCAUGAUGAAUUAAUGAAGGACAGUCAGAGUCCGCCACAGACCAUUCCCAAUGUCUCUCAAGAAAAGUUUCAAGAGAGAACUAUGCUUGUGAAGAAGAAAAGAGGUAGGCCAAAAAAGCUUAUUUUGGAUCCUUCGACUAAGCUGUAUAUCGAUUCCUCGCAUCCUCGGUUUAAGCAACUCAACAAAAUAUUGAAGGAAUCGUCUAAUCCCUCAACACCCAACUCAUCUCUUGGUCAUAUGAAUGGUCAGGAAGGUUCUCGACAGCUCACACAGGUGACGCAUUUGCGUGACAUGGAUGAUGAGGCAGUCAAAGAAUUGCUCAAGCGUAAGGAUCGUAGAGGAAGACCCAGAAAGUUCCCCAUUGAAGAGACUGGUCUAACUAUCAAGGGUAUCAGAGUGAAUGGAGUUGCCAAGAAUCGAAAGGCGAAGAGCGAUAUGUAUGUGAGUCCGACAAGUGGCCCCAGGCUUGAACAUUUCGGUUUGAACACCAAUGGGCCGACCACCAAUUUGAAUCGGGAUCACAUGAGCGAGACAAAAUUACCUCAGUCAUCCUUAAACGCCAUUGAUAAUCAUAUACCGAAUCAAACUGUGAAGUACAAAGAUCACAUGGGCGAAGAAUAUUCCUAA